AAGUGCUCUAACCUAUGGACCCCUCCCAGCCUCCAGCCACCCCCAGGCAGCACACGGCUGUCUCGGGCUGAAGUGAAGUGUGUGUGUUUUGAGGCGAGGGAGGUAGCAGCCACUUGUGUCUGACACACAACAUACUGUUCUGCUGCCUUUGUCUGCCUCCCCCGCUCAACUCGGCUCAACAAUCCAGCAGGCAGUCUGGGGGUGGGGGGUUGGGGGGGGGGGGGGGGGUCUUCUCAUUAAAUCGCCCUUCAGCCAGAGGCACUCCACUCAAAUCCCCUCACUCACACUAGAGGUCCUUUCACUGACUCUAAACUGCCUCUCUCCUCACCCUGGCUCCCUCCCUGGCCUGAACCUCUCCCCAUGGUCAGCAGUCCCCUAGUCUGCUGCCAGAUUGGUUUGUGUUCUUGCCAACUCCAUUGCCCUCAUUGUUAAGCCAUGUUUCACAUGCCAAAGAAUGACAAGGAGUUGGCAUGAUGAUGGCACAAACAGACUGGCGCUCAGGUUACCAGUCCCAAGUCCCUACCUGCACGUCUCAGCUCCAAAACACCCCAUCCUUCCUAGAACUCAGGAUUCAUGGGUAGCACAAUGCCCACUCCUCUUUUGUUUGUUAUUGGUGUGUUAUUUGAAUGCACACCUGCUGGCCUUGGUUACCUUGGCAUCCUGUUCUCAGGACUUAAUGUAGGGCUCUGGUUGUGUUCCUGCCUGGCUGUAUUUUAUAGUAGAGGAGGAAAAGUGAGGGGGCUGAGAUAGAGGGAGACAGAGUGGCAAGCCAAGUGGAGACUAAUGAGUGCUGCUACCUUGUCUGUCUGUCUGUCGUCUGAGGCUGGAAAGUGGAAGGGGAAGCAAUCUCAUUUGGAUUGUAAAUGCAGCCCGCUUUUCAUAUUGUCAUCACACAUUAAAUGCGGCCCGAACUCUAUUUGGGUCCUGCAUCAAAGAGUGUCUGAGGAUAAAUUAAUUUAGAUUGAAUCUGGUGUUUUUUUAUCCUCCCCCAUUGAGAGCCCUAAAUGGGGAGAGAAUGACUAGUCUGUUGUUGCUUUUCAGAGGAGAUCUGGGUCUGUAUCCACAAAGCAGUGCAGAAAAGGUCCUAGUCAUUCAGACAACUCCCAGAGGUUGACACAGGAGUGAAAAUUAAUUCCUGUCCGUCUUGUCGAACUUUUUCCCGUACUUGUCUGUCCCAUCCCGAUUAAAAGUCACUCGUCCCGUGCUAAUUUAUAUGUGCAGCUUGGUUGUAGCUAGAUAUGUUCGAGUCGCAUCGGGGACAAUUUUAGCAUUUUUGCUAACCCUUUUCCUAACCUUAACCUAAUUAUCCCAAACUGCCACGUUAAUUCCUCUAACCUGCUAUGAAAAGUAACUUCUGCUAGUCAGAACUGGCAGAUGUGCCCUGAGAAGUCUUGGUUUCCACUAAUGCAAUACAGCCGCUCUGCGUGUGAGUGGCCUAGCAACUGCUCCGUUUGGAUGCUGCUCAGCGCUCCCGAGACAGUUGCCUGUACACAACUGAUAACCACAUUUUGACCGCCCUUGUACUUACCCAGAGUUGAAUGAACUCAUGGACAUGUGUAAUUGUGUACGUCUCUGCGUGCAUCUGAGGUAAAGUAGUGACUCGGCGAGAGAGUGAGCCAAUGGAGGGGGUAAAUGACCAUUAAUUAUUUUAUAGAUUUGUAUUAAGUAAACUAUAUUAACCCCCAAUCGCCCCCCAGUUGAUCUAUUCCUGUAAUGCCGGUUCUUGUGGACUGUUGCUCCUGUCCUGAACUUAACUUUAGAACUUCACUCCCAUUCCUGCCGGAAUUCCGCAGGACCCGCAAGACCCGUAGGAGUCCUCUUCCCGUGUGUAGCAAAAUUUUUGCUUAAGAAAUUGCUCUUUGCCAAGAAGCUAUUUGUAUUUACUUUUAACCAUUUUAAUUUUAAAAAAAUAACAGUAAGGUACUUAAUUGUUACCCAGAAAUGAUUUGAUAUUGAGAUAUAUAUGGCUAAAUUGGCCCUUUAACAACUCCAAAGCAAUUGCAUAUGGCACAAGAACCACUGACUCGCUGCAUUUUUCUAUUAUCAAGACACCGGCUGGUACAGUAACUCUUAACUGGUUAGGACAGCUCAUGAGGUGUCCUAAAUACAGUAUAUGUUGCCUAGAUGGGACUCUUAUGACUAAAGAGGCUUAAUGUUUCAUUUUUAUUUUUACCCAUAAGAGUAGGAGUAAAGUCUUUAUUCUCAGCACUUACGACCAAUUGUGCAUACGGCCCCAGUUUUAAUGCGCUGUUUCAUAGUUUUUAUUUUUGCAGUGUACACAGGCCAUCUGGUUGGUUGAAGAGGUGUAGGCAAACCUUUGGCUGGGACUGUUUUAACCCACCGGUUGCAGUUGACAAUUCUCCUCAUCCUUACAAUUUGGGGGGCCUGGUCCUGUAGUUCUUCUAUCAUUUAGUGGUUUUUGACCUUCUCAGCCUCAACAGAAUGUAAACGUUUAUUUUUUUAUAGAGAUUUGUGAUUUAUAAUGAAUGUUGAUCAUUGAGGAUCUAUGUUGGGGUUGUGUGCUUGACUUUCGUGCCGUGGUUGCCCUGUGUCCCUCACUCACUCUCUCUCUCUCUCCUCUCACAGUGUGUGCUGUACCUCUGGUCACUCAAGAUCAAUCACCCGACCACACUCUUCCUCCUGCGAGGGAACCACGAGUGCCGGCACCUCACAGAGUACUUCACCUUCAAACAGGAAUGUAAGUAUACUGUCCCUGCAGCAUGGCAUGUCACGCCAAUGAGGGCAAGCCUAAUGUGAUGCAACACCGUAGGGUACUACUUAGAAAUCAAAAGCCCUCUGCAACCUAGAGAAGCAGGCACUACUCUGCAAACAGACAUAAAGUACAUACUUGAAGGGGACAUUCUUCCACCUAGCUCUGUGGCUUAUUGAUGCUCUUAUUAUAGAGCAGUAGUAUUUGUGGCUGAUGAGCUUGGCAACCGUUCAGUGACAGACAGAGACAAACCAAGAGAUAAACAGACACUCAAGACAGAGACGGAGUCACUCCGAUAGAGACGGAGUCACACACACACACACACACACAGGCACAAAGAGACAGACAGACAGACAGACCCCUCCCUGCCUGUGCCCGGUGGCUGUCUCUCCCUGAUUGAACAGCCUCCCUCUGCUGUGACACAUCAGGAUCAGGAAGCCUGUCAGUCAUGGUUCCCAAUAGUAACGUCUCAUCAUUCAGAUGUCUUUAUCCAUCAUGCAUAGAGACCACCUCUCCUCUUCAUGGUGCAGAUAGACGAUGAGCUGCUGAGGCAUGGAGAGCAGCCAGCCAUGCUGAUGAUGUUAUUCAGACAGUUACACACAAUUAAAGAGAGCUGACACACCCACGAGGUGUGUGUGUUUGUGCAUGGGUAUGGGUAUGUGUGUGUGAACACUUACCACUGUGCAUUCAAGUGGCAGCACAGGUGUGAGGCAUUAGUAUGCAAAUAUCGACAAAGAAACAAACCUUACUUUGGCACGACAGGAGAGACAGCAGCAACAUUGCCAAACAGCAUUUGAAUGGAAAGAACCUAUUGGAAAGAAAGAUGCUUCAGUCUAAUUUGUUUAUAAUGAAUGCAUGCAUUAGCAUGCAUUUAAACUAAUUGAGAAGCGCUAGGCUGACCGAGGCAAUUAGCAUAAGCAGCAGAUGGCACAACUGAUAAGUGUUGCUCUUUUCUUCAGGAUGAAAGUAAACAAAGUGUAAAAAUAGACUGCUCCCCUCCUGCUUUAGAUUUAGGUGGUGUUCCAGGUCGUCUUUUAGCAGUCACCCUGCACAUCUUCUAAGAUUUCUAUGUCAUGUUAAUGUGGUUCCUGCGACGCUAAAACAUUUCUCCAGGUGUUGUGAGAUCUGAUAAUCUGAAAAAGAUGACCCGGAACACCACCAGAGAGUGUGUGUGCCUGUAUGUUUCUCAGGCGUUUUGAGAAUCGACAGGUCUAAGACACAGGGUGUGUCCUAAAUGGCAUCCUAUUACUUACAUAGUGCACUACUUUUGACCAGAGCCCUAUGGGUCCUGGUCAAAAGUAGGCCACUAUAAAGGGAAUAGGGUACCGUUUGGGACGCAGACUGAGCCUAACCGUUGAGCCUAACCGUUGAGCACUGAUCCACCCUGGUCCAUCCCAUCUGUCAGGACCUUAUUAUCUCUCCUUCUUACGCAGCCAGGAGUUCAUGUAACUGACAACAGUUUAGCUCUGGGUCCUUAUGCACCUUGGGCAGAUAAAUGGGUUUUUUACUUGAUCGGCCACAUCUUUAGCUGUAGAUUAAAUUAGCUAGGCUAUUGCCUAGCCCUAGUAUUUCAAAGAGGCUUGCUGUUUGACUGUUUUUGUUUUGGUUGGUUCUUCGGCCUUUGGGUUUGUGUAAGGCUAUUGCAAGACUUAUAAAUUAACUUAUGUGUUGCUAGAAAGGCCUCUGAACAUUUUAACCAAAUCAGGAAGCAUGAGUUCCAUACUAACUGAUUUCAAACCCUGAAGGCCAAAAGGAGUGUGGUGCGGUGCUCUCUCCCUUCCCUACCUCACCCCAGGGACUCACAGAUUAUCUUGCUUUCCUUGAGCUCUGAAGGACUAAGCACUAAGCAUUUUAUACUGAACUAAAAUAUAAAUGCAACAUGGAAAGUGUUGGUCCCAUGUUUCAUGAGCUGAAUAAAAUAAAUUUUCCAUAUGCACAAAAGGCUUAUUUCUCUCAAAUGUUGUGCACAAAUCUGUUUACAUCCCUGUUAGUGAGAAUAUCUCCUUUGCCAAGAUAAUCCAUCCACCUGACAGGUGUGGCAUAUCAAGAAGCUGAUUAAACAGCAUGAUCAUUACACAGGUGCACCUUGUGCUGGGGACAAUAAAAGGCCACUCUAAAAUGUGCAGUUUUGUCGCUGCUGAUUAGGCUUCCAAGGUAGGUGAUGUUCUCAAGAUAUUCAAGUGCCUCUCCAUCGAUGGUCAUUGGAGGUGUUGGUGGUGUAUUAAUGCACAUGGCUUGGGUCUUCUGAAUGUUGAUAUGGAGAACAGUCUGUUUAGCAUACAUGCUGAGUCUGACUUCUCCUGGAGGAUGAUAUAGAGACCAGAUCAUCAGCAAAGUUGAGGUCCUUCUGAUGGGAGAAGAGGGUCCACUGGAUUCCUCGGGCAUGGUCAGAUGUUGUUUGAUGCAUUACACAGUCCAUGGUAACAAGAAAAAUAACUGGAGAGAGGAUGCAGCCUUGUCAUACACCAGACUUAUCUUGAAAUUACUCUGUGAGGGAACUAUCAAGAAAGAUGCUAUAUUCAAAGUGUUCAUAGAAAUUCCCAAUGAGGUUGACAAUCUUGGGUGGUUUUCCGUAGGCUCCAAGGAUCCUCCAUAAGCUCUCACGGUGAACACUAUCGAAUGCCUUCUUGAAAUUAAUAAAGUUGAUGUAGAGGGGUGCAUUCCACUCGAGGCAGUGCUCGAUGAUGUUGUGCAGGGAAAGAUCUGGUUGAUGCAUCCUCUUCCUUUGCAAAUCCUGCUUGUUCUUGUCUGAGUUUAUCGACUGCAGUGUCACUCCUUUUGAGGAGUAUCCUGCAAAAGAUUUUGCUGGGGGUGUAGAGGAGUGUUAUAACUCGCCAGUUGUCACAUUCGCUGAGGUUUCCUUUCUUUGGCAGUUUGACGAUAAGGCCUUUUCUCCAGUCUUGUGGUAUGACAUCGUGCUCCCAGAUCUUGCUAAAGAGAUCAGUCAGAACCUUGGUAGCUGUGUUGACAUCAGCUUUAAGUAGCUCAGCCUGCUGAGAGUCAAUCCCUGGUGCUUUGCCACUCUUCAUAGCCUUGAUGGCUGCUUGGACCUCUGCGUCAACUGGUGGGCCAGUGUCAAUACCAUCAAUCUCACCCGAGGGUGGUGGGUCUGCUGGAUCAUUAGGCUUUGGCCAGUUGAGGACCUCUUCAAACUGCUGGACCCAUCUUGCAGUUUGUUCCUCUUAUGUUGUUAACAUUUUACCUUGUCUUUGACUGGCAUUGUGUGGUUGCUAACUUGGCCAGAGAGCUGUCUUGUGAUCUUGCAUACAGUGUUUAAUUCUCCUCUUGCUGCAGCUUGUUCUGCCUCACUGGCCAAUUCCUGGACAAACGCUCUCUUAUCCCUUCGAGCACUCUUUUUUUUCUUUGUCCAUGGUCUUGUAUUCUUGCUGUGCUCACUCAAUCAGCCUGGGUGAUUCUGCGCUCAGCAGUUUAUCUUAGGCCAGCCUUCUCUCAUCAAUACUGAACAAAAAUAUAAUAUAAAUGAUUUUACUGAGGUACAAUUCAUAUAAGGAAAUCAAUCAAUUGAAAUAAAUACACUGCUCAAAAUAACGGGAACACUAAAAUAACACAUCCUAGAUCUGAAUGAAUGAAAUCUUUCACAAAAUCACACAAAUUAUCAAUGGAAAUCAAAUGUAUCAACCCAUGGAGGUCUGGAUUUGGAGUCACCCUCAAAAUUAAAGUGGAAAACCACACUACAGGCUGAUCCAACUUUGGUGUAAUGUCCUUAAAACAAGUCAAAAUUAGGCUCAGUAGUGUGUGUGGCCUCCACGUGCCUGUAUGACCUCCCUACAACGCCUGGGCAUGCUCCUGAUGAGGUGGCGGAUGGUCUCCUGAGGGAUCUCCUCCCAGACCUGGACUAAAGCAUCCGCCAACUCCUGGACAGUCUGUGGUGCAACGUGGCGUUGGUGGAUGGAGCGAGACAUGAUGUCCCAAAUGUGCUCAAUUGGAUUCAGGUCUGGGGAACAGGCGGGCCAGUCCAUAGCAUCAAUGCCUUCCUCUUGCAGGAACUGCUGACACACUCCAGCCACAUGAGGUCUAGCAUUUUCUUGCAUUAGGAGGAACCCAGGGCCAACCGCACCAGCAUAUGGUCUCACAAGGGGUCUAAGGAUCUCAUCUCGGUACCUAAUGGCAGUCAGGCUACCUCUGGCGAGCACAUGGAGGGCUGUGCGGCCCCCCAAAGAAAUGCCACGCCACACCAUGACUGACCCACCGCCAAACAGGUCAUGCUGGAGGAUGUUGCAGGCAGCAGAACGUUCUCCACGGCGUCUCCAGACUCUGUCACGUCUGUCACAUGUGCUCAGUGUGAACCUGCUUUCAUCUGUGAAGAGCACAGGGCGCCAGUGGCGAAUUUGCCAAUCUUGGUGUUCUCUGGCAAAUGCCAAACGUCCUGCACGGUGUUGGGCUGUAAGCACAACCCCCACCUGUGGACGUCGGGCCCUCAUACCACCCUCAUGGAGUCUGUUUCUGACCGUUUGAGAAGACACAUGCACAUUUGUGUCCUGCUGGAGGUCAUUUUGCAGGGCUCUGGCAGUGCUCCUCCUGCUCCUCCUUGCACAAAGGCGGAGGUAGCGGUCCUGCUGCUGGGUUGUUGCCCUCCUACGGCCUCCUCCACGUCUCCUGAUGUACUGGCCUGUCUCCUGGUAGCGCCUUCAUGCUCUGGACACUACGCUGACAGACACAGCAAACCUUCUUGCCACAGCUCGCAUUGAUGUGCCAUUCUGGAUGAGCUGCACUACCUGAGCCACUUGUGUGGGUUGUAGACUCCGUCUCAUGCUACCACUAGAGUGAAAGCACCGCCAGCAUUCAAAAGUGACCAAAACAUCAGCCAGGAAGCAUAGGAACUGAGAAGUGGUCUGUGGUCACCACCUGCAAAACCAGUCCUUUAUUGGGGGUGUCUUGCUAAUUGCCUAUAAUUUCCACCUGUUGUCUAUUCCAUUUGCACAACAGCAUGUGCAAUUUAUUGUCAAUCAGUGUUGCUUCCUAAGUGGACAGUUUGAUUUCACAGAAGUGUGAUUGACUAGGAGUUACAUUGUGUUGUUUAAGUGUUCCCUUUAUUUUUUUGAGCAGUGUAAAUUAGGCCCUAAUCUAUGGAUUUCACAUGACUGGGCAGGGGCGCAGCCAUGGGUGGGCAUGGGAGGGCAUAGACCCACCAACUUGGGAGCCAGGCCCAGCCAAUCAGAAUAUGUUUUUCCCCACAAAAGGGCUUUAUUACAGACAGAAAUACAGCUCCGUUUCAUCAGCUGUCCGGGUGACUGGUCUCGGACGAUCCCACAGGUGAAGAAGCCAGAUGUGGAGGUCCUUGGCUGGCGUGGUUACACGUGGUCUGUGGUUGUGAGGCGAGUUGGACGUACUGCCAAAUUCUCUAAAACGACAUUGGAGGGGACUUAUGGUAGAUAAAUGAACAUUCAAUUCUCAUGGCAACAGCUCUGGUGAACAUUCCUGCAGUCAGCAUGCCAAUUGCACGCUCCUUCAAAACUUGAGGCAUCUGUGGCAUUGUGUUGUGUGUCAAAACUGCACAUUUUAGAGUGGCCUUUUAUUGUCCCCAGCACAAGGUGCACCUGUGUAAUGUCCAUGUUUAAUCCGUUUCUUGAUAUGCCACACCUGUCAGGUGGAUGGAUUAUCUUGUCUUUUGAAGUUUCAAACAUGGUGCGGACAAUCCAUGCUCCAAGACAGACUGUGGUUUUGGGGCCUGAACUUAUCACGGGUGGGGCUUUCAUCUGGUCAGUGUUGUGAAAGACAAGUUACACUCAAUCUGAUGAAAGUUGUCUAUUAGGCCUGAAGUAAAGAAGCUUAAGCAAUCACCUAGGAGGACAACAUCCGCUGCGGAGUAGCUAGUAACCGCGGAGGUACUGGUUGAAAAUAUAUAGGUUACCAGGCCCAAAUGACAUACAGUGGGGGAAAAAAGUAUUUAGUCAGCCACCAAUUGUGCAAGUUCUCCCACUUAAAAAGAUGAGAGAGGCCUGUAAUUUUCAUAAUAGGUACACGUCAACUAUGACAGACAAAUUGAGAAAAAUAAAUCCAGAAAAUCACAUUGUAGGAUUUUUAAUGAAUUUAUUUGCAAAUUAUGGUGGAAAAUAAGUAUUUGGUCACCUACAAACAAGCAAGAUUUCUGGCUCUCACAGACCUGUAACUUCUUCGUUAAGAGGCUCCUCUGUCCUCCACUCGUUACCUGUAUUAAUGGCACCUGUUUGAACUUGUUAUCAGUAUAAAAGACACCUGUCCACAACCUCAAACGGUCACACUCCAAACUCCACUAUGGCCAAGACCAAAGAGCUGUCAAAGGACACCAGAAACAAAAUUGUAGACCUGCACCAGGCUGGGAAGACUGAAUCUGCAAUAGGUAAGCAGCUUGGUUUGAAGAAAUCAACUGUGGGAGCAAUUAUUAGGAAAUGGAAGACAUACAAGACCACUGAUAAUCUCCCUCGAUCUGGGGCUCCACGCAAGAUCUCACCCCGUGGGGUCAAAAUGAUCACAAGAACGGUAAGAAAAAAUCCCAGAACCACACGGGGGGACCUAGUGAAUGACCUGCAGAGAGCUGGGACCAAAGUAACAAAGCCUACCAUCAGUAACACACUACGCCGCCAGGGACUCAAAUCCUGCAGUGCCAGACGUGUCCCCCUGCUUAAGCCAGUACAUGUCCAGGCCCGUCUGAAGUUUGCUAGAGUGCAUUUGGAUGAUCCAGAAGAGGAUUGGGAGAAUGUCAUAUGGUCAGAUGAAACCAAAAUAUAACUUUUUGGUAAAAACUCAACUUGUCGUGUUUGGAGGACAAAGAAUGCUGAGUUGCAUCCAAAGAACACCAUACCUACUGUGAAGCAUGGGGGUCGAAACAUCAUGCUUUGGGGCUGUUUUUCUGCAAAGGGACCAGGACGACUGAUCCGUGUAAAGGAAAGAAUGAAUGGGGCCAUGUAUCGUGAGAUUUUGAGUGAAAACCUCCUUCCAUCAGCAAGGGCAUUGAAGAUGAAACGUGGCUGGGUCUUUCAGCAUGACAAUGAUCCCAAACACACCGCCCGGGCAACGAAGGAGUGGCUUCGUAAGAAGCAUUUCAAGGUCCUGGAGUGGCCUAGCCAGUCUCCAGAUCUCAACCCCAUAGAAAAUCUUUGGAGGGAGUUGAAAGUCCGUGUUGCCCAGCGACAGCCCCAAAACAUCACUGCUCUAGAGGAGAUCUGCAUGGAGGAAUGGGCCAAAAUACCAGCAACAGUGUGUGAAAACCUUGUGAAGACUUACAGAAAACGUUUGACCUGUGUCAUUGCCAACAAAGGGUAUAUAACAAAGUAUUGAGAAACUUUUGUUAUUGACCAAAUACUUAUUUUCCACCAUAAUUUGCAAAUAAAUUCAUAAAAAAUCCUACAAUGUGAUUUUCUGGAUUUUCUUUUUUUCUCCACUGUAUGUGGGAGCCGCUAUGGGCAUGCUGUUGCUACUAAAGGCCACACCAAAACAACAACACCCACUGAAAACCCAGGCUGUAGCUAAUUGAGAUGAUUCCAUAGCAGUUCUUUUGGCUUGCAGGGUUUUUCUGGAUCAAAAAUGGGCUUAGCUGGUGGGCGGGGGCAAUGGGCCCCAAUUUUUGAGGCCCCCAUCUUGGCGGUGGAGAGAGUUUUGGUGUUUUUAAAGCAAACUUUCUGCAAUUCUACACAUUUUGCCAUGGAGCUGAGAGAAAAUGUGCAGUUUUAAAGCUAUUUUUUUCUGCAAUUCUAUUCUUAAACAUAACAAAAUCAGUACUCCUGAAUUCAGGUGCAAGAACCGCAACGCUGCUGUGUUUUUCACGCUCAACAGUUUCCUGGGUGUAAUAAAGAAUGGUCCACCACUCAAAGAACAUCCAGCCAAUUUGACACAACUGGGGGAAGCAUUGGAGUCCCUGUGGAACACUUUCGACACCUUGUAGAGUCCAUGCUCGACGAAUUGAGGCUGUUCAUAGGGCAGAAGGGGGUGCAUCUUAAUAUUAGGAUGGUGUUCCUAAUGUUUUAUACACUGUGUAUAUAGGUCCAUUAUUUUUUCUACAUAAAUGGUUUUAGUUGUUAAAGUUUACACUGAAAGUGUUUUUCCAUCCCGAAAUUGUAUUUCAUUUUAAAUUUGUUAAACUUUCACUUAUGCAGAAAAAACCUUGCAUAUAGCCAAGCUUAGCUUGACCUUAGUUACAAUUAAUGUGAUACUGCCUCAUUUAAUCAAGUGUUUAGCUAGCGCUAGUAGAUGCUUUCUGAAAGCAAUAGUGAACCAUAUCUUUUGUUUUCCAUGUUUAGGUAAGAUCAAGUACUCAGAGCGCGUGUAUGAUGCCUGCAUGGAAGCCUUUGACUGCCUGCCCCUCGCUGCUCUCCUCAACCAACAGUUCCUGUGUGUACACGGCGGUCUCUCCCCAGAAAUCAACUGCCUAGACGACAUUAGGAAAGUAAGUCCACCUGGCACCUGAUUAGGAAGUGGUGUUUGGAGUCCACAUUUGGAUGAAUUUGGUAGAUCUUUUUAAAAUCUGUGAUCAAUCAACUUUCUGUGGCUCACGGUGCUGUGCGUGUGUUUGUGCGCUCCACAGUUAGACAGGUUUAAGGAGCCUCCAGCGUUCGGCCCUAUGUGUGACCUGAUCUGGGCUGACCCAGGAGAGGACUACGGCAGUGAGAAGACAGCAGAACACUUCAACCACAACUCUGUGCGAGGCUGCUCCUACUUUUUCAGGUAUGCUACCUGCUCCAUAUCAAGGUUUUAGGUAGUUAUAUGGCCAAUAAUACUGGCCAAUAAGGUCAAAUAAUACUGUUUGCUACUUGAAGAGCUACUGGAGACCCACCAGGGAUAGAUCUUUGUUUUAGUGUGUUGCACUAUAGGCCCCUGCACUGUCCAGUUUGGGAGUGGACUAUAAGGGAUUGACCCUAGAAAGUGCCAGUGCAUUGUCCAUUGUCUCCCCAGCUGUACUAGCCUACAGUGCAUUCGGAAAGUAUUCAGACCCCUUGACCUUUUCCACAUUUUGCUACGUUACAGCCUUACUCUAAAAUUGAUUAAAAAAAAAAAACUUUUUCCGCAUAAAUCUACACACAAUACCCCAUAAUGACAAAGCAAAAACAAGUUUUUAGAAAUGUUUGCUAAUGUAUAAAAAAUAAAAAACUGAUUACAUUUACAUAAGUAUUCAGACCCUUUACUCAGUACUUUGUUGAAGCACCUUUGGCAGCGAUUACAGCCUUGAGUCUUCUUGGGUAUAACGCUAGUGGCGCAGUGGUCUAAGGCACUGCAUCGCAGUGCUAGCUGUGCCACUAGAGAUCCUGGUUCGAGUCCAGGCUCUGUCGCAGCCAGCCGCGACCGGGAGUCCCAUGGGCAGCGCAUAAUUGGUCCAGCAUCGUCCAAGGUAGGGGAGGGUUUGGCCGGCAGGGAUGUGGGUUCGUUUACCACGGGGGGCCAGUAUAAAAAAAAUAAAAAAUAAAACAUGUAUGCAUUCACUAACUGUAAGUCGCUCUGGAUAAGAGCGUCUGCUAAAUGACUAAAAUGUAAAUGUACAAGCUUGGCAAACCUGUAUUUGGGUAGUUUUUCCCAUUCUUCUCUGCAGAUCCUCUCAAGCUGUGUCAGGUUGGAUGGGGAGCGUCGCUGCACAGCUAUUUUCAGGUCUCUCCAGAGAUGUUCGGUCGGGUUCAAGUCCGGGGUCUGGCUGGGCCACUCAAGGACAUUGAGACUUGUCCUGAAGCCACUCCUGCGUUGUCUUGGCUCUGUACUUAGGGUUGUUGUUCUGUUGGAAGGUGAACCUUCGCCCCAGUCUGAGGUCCUGAGCGCUCUGGAGCAGGUUUUCAUCAAGGAUCUCUCUGUACUUUGCUCUGUUAAUCUUUCCCUCCAUCCUGACUAGUCUCCCAGUCCCUGCUGCUGUAAAACAUCCCCACAGCAUGAUGCAACCACCACCAUGCUUCAAAGUAGGGUUGGUAUUUGCCAGGUGAUGAGCGGUGCCUGGUUUCCUCAAUCUUGGUUUCAUCAGACCAGAGAAUCUUGUUUUUGAUCCUUUAGGUGCCUUUUGGCCCUUCUCCCCGAUCGCUCAGUAUGGCCAGGCGGCAAGCUCUAGGAAGAGUCUUGGUGGUUCCAAACUUCUUCCAUUAAAGAAUGAUAGAGGCCACUGUGUUCUUGGGGACCUUCAAUGCUGCAGAUAUGUUUUUGUACCAUUCCCCAGAUCUGUGCCUCGACACAAUCCUGUCUCGGAGCUCUAUGGACAAUUCCUUCGACCUCAAGGCUUGGUUUUUGCUUUGACAUGCACUGUCAAGUGUGGAACCUUAUAUAGACAGGUGUGUGCGCCUUUCCAAAUCAUGUCCAACCAAUUGAAUUUACCACAGGUGGACUCCAAUCAAGUUGUAGAAACAUCUCAAGGAUGAUCAAUGGAAACAGGAUGCACCUGAGCUCAAUUUCGAGUCUCAUAGGAAAGGGUCUGAAUACUUAUGUAAAAAAAUAAACUGUUUUUGCUUUGUCAUUAUGGGGUUAUUGUGUGUAGAUUGAUGAGGAUUUUUUAUUUAUUUAAUCCAUUUUUGAAUAAGACUGUAAUGUAACAAAAUGUGGAAAAAGUGAAGGGGUCUGAAUGCACUGUAUAUCUCUUUCCACUGUUGACUUUUCCAGAUGGCAUGGGUUUGUGCCACGCUAACCAAAUGCAGGUGGCCCGCUAAUUGCCCGAGCAGUCUUUGAUGAGAGGUGGAGUAGGCUGGCGGGGUCAUUGUAGAGACCCAAGUAAAAGCCAGGCAGCCAGCAGCCACAUAGAUGGGCUACUUCCCAAAUGGCACCAAAUUGCCUAUAUAGUGCACUACCUUCGGCUGUGGCCCAUAGGGCUCUGGUCAAGGUAGUGCACUGUUUAGGGAAUAGGGUGCCAUUUGGGAUUCACACCAAGUCUGCUCUCCUGUGGCUAUGGCCAUGGCCUACUGGCCUUCUGGCUGCCUCUGGAGCAGCUAUAAGAGUCCAUAAAUACCAAAGCCCUCCCUGGCAUUGUUCUGCUCUGGCCUCAGUGGUUCAAUUAAACCCUCCCUACCUCCCAGGCCAGAGAGCAAGAGACUGACAGGGAUUCAAAAUGUAUUUCCAAAAGUAAAGAACAGCCAGAAAAUGCUUCUGAUGGCAACACGCUGUUCCUCAAAGAAUUUCCGUCAUAUCUCACACUGCAUGGUUGCCAGACUGACUCUGAGGUCGAGAUUUUUUUUACAAGCUUUAACCUCACUCCUCUGGCUGUUCUAAUAGGCAGUUUUUCUCUCUCUCUUGCCUUGCAGUUACCCGGCAGUAUGUGACUUUUUGAUCAAUAAUAACUUGUUGUCGGUAAUAAGAGCACACGAAGCACAGGAUGCAGGGUAAGUUUCACUGUUUACAGAGUCAUUUACCAUAUACAUUUAAUUAACUGUAUAACAGAUUAUUUUUAAUUUUUUUGUGAGGCGAGCAAGUACCCCUUGUAAUAAUAUUAAACAACCUUAGUAAUGCACUUAGCGACCUCAUCAAGAAAUUUUAGCAUUUUGGUAUUGUAGUGAACGGCGAGGCAGGAAAUAGAACCUGGGUUGCUGGCGUGAAAGGCAAACACCCUACACAUCGCACCAAUAGGGUAAAUCUACUUGGUAGGAAUUGUAAAGUGGCUCAUAUAGCAACACUGCCCUUUUUCCGAACGGGAAGGCACGUCCCCGCGCUUCGACUACUCAGCACCCUAGUACAUCCUGGCAAUGCGUUCCGAUGCCCUCACAGCCGCCUUCCCACUUUUGGCACAAAUGUAACAAAUGGCGGGGCAGGGAAUCGAAACCGUGUCGCUGGCGUGAAAGGCCAGAGGGUAAAGCCUCUUGGUGGGAAUUGUAACGUUGCUCAUAUAGCGAGGAUCAUGACAGUAUAAUGGUUUUGGAAUGACAGUCACAGGGACAAGGGUUUGAGUCUCAGUCAGGGUACCCCACUACAUCCACUAACCCAGUUGAGUUUUAGUCACAGAUGCAUAGAUCUACCAUAUUUAAUAAUUGAUGUGCUGAUGAUAGCAGUCUACUAAAGUAAUCAGACCUAUUCUUACUAUACUUUACUGAACUGCUUCAGUUUCUGCUUGAACUAUUUAGCUUGAAUUCUAAAUUUAACACAUCUCCCACUACCAUACAAAUAAUAUGGCUGAAGCAAGCACACUCAUUUUCUUCUGGGAAUGUACCUAUUCUAUAGUACCCCUUUAAUUUAACUGCCACCUAGCAAGAGACCAUUGUGUUACUAUUAGCAGAAAUUCAGGCUAGCUGUGUUUCUGUAACAUGAUGGCAGAGUUUGUUAAACAAAUUUGCACCCGAUUGAUACAAAUCAUAAUGAUAUCAUUCUGUAAGGUAGGCCUACUUUGCAUUCAACAUUUAAUUGUUUUUUUAAGAAUAACCUUUAGAAACUACUCUUUUGGCAUGCUUUUCAAAAUCGCAGAUUUUAUAGGGCCAUAUACUGUAUCAUACCUUUAGAAGUGUUUACCUCAUGCUGACUUCUAGUUGGUGCAAUGCUCCAUACAUUGCAUGUCCAAAUCAAUUUAAAGUUUCUACAAAAUAAGUUUUGCAGCGACAACAAUCUAUAAGGCUACAGCUAACAUGUUUUCCUUUCACUGUUUGCGAUUCGCAAAUUAUUAUUAGAUUCCCAUGAUUCGAUUCACCGCGAUUGAACAGAACCCUAACUACUACAAUGGCAAAGCGAAUCAUUCGAUUUCUCAAAAAGGAUUGUUUAAAAUAAUCGUUUCAUAUUAAUUAAAUGAAUCGCUCAAUUAUUGUAUAUAUUUUUUUACUAUUUUGAGAGAUGUGAAGCGGGGGAAUCUGUUGUACAGUGCAUUACAUUUGUAUGGCCUUACAAAAAAAAUUGUUUUGCUCUCUCUUCACCAUUUUUUUUUCUCAAACUAAAGUAAUUUUGUGUCUCGUCCCAGGUACCGGAUGUACAGAAAAAGCCAGACUACAGGCUUUCCUUCAUUAAUUACAAUCUUCUCAGCACCAAAUUACCUAGAUGUAUACAACAACAAAGGUUUGUGUACUCUUUAUAUCAUGACCGUGAUGUGUUUUAUGCAUAGUGUAGUACGUGCCUUUGUGCUGUUGUAUAGAGCCAAUUUCUGUUUACCAUCAAACGUCACGUUCGAGUGAUGCGCACAUCCCUACAUCAAAAAUCUCUGAUGUCGUGACCCUGACAAACUUCUUGUGAGUGAGUGAAGACAAUGAAAACACUCAAGACUGGUGGCUAUAGCUAUGUUCAACAAGUAUAUUAUUCUUCUGGCUUUAUCUAUCUCUAUUUGAGAUAUUUUACCUUGUGUUGCUGGCUUGCUAGGUAAUUAACACUUUUGAAGAGAUCUGCGAUGUUGUACAGUGAGGGAAAAAAGUAUUUGAUCCCCUGCUGAUUUUGUAAUUUUGCCCACUGACAAAGAAAUGAUCAGUCUAUAAUUUUAAUGGUAGGUUUAUUUGAACAGUGAGAGACAGAAUAACAACAAAAAAAUCCAGAGAAACGCAUGUCAAAAAUGUUAUAAAUUGAUUUGCAUUUUAAUGAGGGAAAUAAGUAUUUGACCCCUCUGCAAAAACAUGACUUAGUACUUGGUGGCAAAACCCUUUUUGGCAAUCACAGAAGUCAGAUGUUUCUUGUAGUUGGCCACCAGGUUUGCACACAUCUCAGGAGGGAUUUUGUCCCACUCCUCUUUGCAUAUCUUCUCCAAGUCAUUAAGGUUUCUAGGCUGACGUUUGGCAACUCAAACCUUCAGCUCCCUCCACAGAUUUUCUAUGGGAUUAAGGUCUGGAGACUGGCUAGGCCACUCCAGGACCUUAAUGUGCUUCUUCUUGAGCCACUCCUUUGUUGCCUUGGCCGUGUGUUUUGGGUCAUUGUCAUGCUGGAAUACCCAUCCACGACCCAUUUUCAAUGCCCUGGCUGAUGGAAGGAGGUUCUCACCCAAGAUUUGACAGUACAUGGCCCCGUCCAUCGUCCCUUUGAUGCGGUGAAGUUGUCCUGUCCCCUUAGCAGAAAAACACCCCCAAAGCAUAAUGUUUCCACCUCCAUGUUUGACAGUGGGGAUGGUGUUCUUGGGGUCAUAGGCAGCAUUCCUCCUCCUCCAAACAUGGCGAGUUGAGUUGAUGCCAAAGAGCUCCAUUUUGGUCUCAUCUGACCACAACACUUUCACCCAGUUCUCCUCUGAAUCAUUCAGAUGUUCAUUGGCAAACUUCAGACGGGCAUGUAUAUGUGCUUUCUUGAGCUCUGCAGGAUUUCUGUCCUUCACGGCGUAGUGUGUUACCAAUUGUUUUCUUGGUGACUAUGGUCCCAGCUGCCUUGAGAUCAUUGACAAGAUCCUCCCGUGUAGUUCUGGCUGAUUCCUCACCGUUCUCAUGAUCAUUGCAACUCCACGAGGUGAGAUCUUGCAUGGAGCCCCAGGCCGAGGGAGAUUGACAGUUCUUUUGUGUUUCUUCCAUUUGCGAAUAAACGCACCAACUGUUGUCACCUUCUCACCAAGCUGCUUGGAGAUGGUCUUGUAGCCCAUUCCAGUCUUGUGUAGGGCUACAAUCUUGUCCCUGAUCCUUGGAGAGCUCUUUGGUUUUGGCCAUGGUGGAGAGUUUGGAAUCUGAUUGAUUGAUUGCUUCUGUGGACAGGUGUCUUUUAUACAGGUAACAAGCUGAGAUUAGGAGCACUCCCUUUAAGAGUGUGCUCCUAAUCUCAGCUCGUUACCUGUAUAAAAGACACCUGGGAGCCAGAAAUCUUUCUGAUUGAGAGGGGGUGAAAUACUUAUUUCCCUCAUUUAAAAUGCAAAUCAAUUUAUAACAUUUUUGACAUGUGUUUUUCUGGAUUUUUUUGUUGUUAUUCUGUCUCUCACUGUUCAAAUAAACAUACCAUUAAAAAUAUAGAUUGAUAAUUUCUUUGUCAGUGGGCAAACAUACAAAAUCAGCAGGGGAUCAAAUACUUUUUUCCCUCACUGUAGAUGAUAACCAUCUGAUUACGUGUUUGUUAACUUGCAUGAACUGCAUUUGAAGUUGCAUGUGAUCGUAUCCACUUCCAUGUGAACAAACUUUGCACAUGCACGUGCAACUUUUCAUGACGGGGCCGGGAAAUGGGUCUAUAGCUGUUUUGUCUGCUGGCUGGCAUACACCCACAGGUCAGGUUUCAGAAAUCUGGGAUUGACAUUCCUGUCCCUUCUGUGUCUGGCCUUUCUGCCCCUCCAGGUCCACUUGGGCUGUCCCCAAAAUAUGACAACAAUUGGCUAGUAUUUUUGCCAGUGAUACUAACUUGAUCAUUCUUUUGUUCUUUACAUCUCGCUCCAACUUCCAGCUGCUGUAUUAAAGUAUGAAAACAAUGUGAUGAACAUUCGGCAGUUUAACUGCUCCCCCCACCCCUACUGGCUGCCCAACUUCAUGGACGUCUUCACCUGGUCUCUGCCCUUUGUUGGAGAAAAAGGUAUGUAUGUGCUCCCCGUCCAUAUCGGUGUUAUGUCAGAGUGAAGAACGUGCCAGUAGAAUGCCAGGAAUGAGCAUUGGAACAUUGUAGCAAGAGACGGGUGUGUUUUGGUGUUAAAAAUGCAACCACAAAAAAAACAAUAGUCUGCACCCAAAAAGAUGGUGGUGGUGCUACCUGAGUUGUGGUGGUACCUCUCUUCUCCCCAUAGUGACAGAGAUGCUGGUGAAUGUGCUGAACAUCUGCUCGGAUGAUGAACUCAUGUCAGAAGGAGACGACCUGUGUGAAGGUAAGACGAACAGCCAGGAUUGAAUGAGGCACAUUAACACCCCCGUGCCCCCCCAACUCCACAUUAUCACUAGUGUUAAGAAGGUAAAGCUGGUAGCUUCAUUUUUCAUUAAAGCUGGUUUAUCCACAGCAUGACAUAACAGCUCUGUCAGACACACACACACAGACAGUCUCUCUCAUGAUCUAGAAGAUCUCAGGACUCCCUAGAGAUCUGACGGCGCUCAACUCGACAUUCCACUGUACGCUCCUCUCCUUUACUCCGCUCCUCUCCUUUACUCCGCUCCUCUCCUUUACUCCGCUCCUCUCCUUUACUCCGCUCCUCUCCUCUCCUUUACUCCGCUCCUCUCCUUUACUCCGCUCCUCUCCUUUACUCCGCUCCUCUCCUUUACUCCGCUCCUCUCCUUUACUCCCCUCUGCUUCCCUCCUUUUCUCCUCUUUACUCUCCUUUCUUCCCUCUGUUCCCUUAUCUCAUUUUUUCUCCUUCCUCUCCUCUAUGAUGUUUUCGGACUAUUUCAAGCAGUAGAAAGCAUUAUAAUGCCCAACCAAAUGCUUAGAAUAUUUUAUUGUUUUAUUUUAUGAGAAGACGGUGGAAUCCCAGCAGUGCGCAAGGAGGUGAUCCGGAACAAGAUCCGAGCCAUCGGGAAGAUGGCCAGAGUCUUCUCUGUUCUCAGGUGAAAAAGCCUUUCGCUCUCUCCCACUCGUCAUCACACAUGACAGCAUAAAGGCUGACCCAAAUGGCACACUAUUCCUUAUAUUUAUUUAUUUAUUUAACCUUUAUUUAACUUGGCAAGUCAGUUAAGAACAAAUUCUUAUUUACAAUGAUGGCCUACACCGGCCAAACCCAGAAGACACUGGGCCAAUUGUGCGCCGCCCUAUGGGACUCCCAAUUAUGGCCGGUUGUGAUACAGCCUGGAAUCGAACCAGGGGGUCUGUAGUGACGCCUCAAGCACUGAGAUGCAGUGCCUUAGACCACUGCGCCACUCGGGAGCCCAAUGGUUCCCGAGGGGCAUAUGGCUCUGGUCAAAAGUUGUCACUAUAGGGAAUAGGUUGCCGUUUUGGACCAAACCAUACUGAAAAGGGAAAGUCAGACUUGGAGUGAAUGGAGCAGAGGGGGAUGGGAAUAGAGUCUCUAUUUUUAAUUGACACUAAAGUGAGUCUAGUUUAUGAAAUGAGUGAAGUCAGUUUGAAAGUGCACAGUGAAGUCGUCUUUGAAAACACAGUGCUGCUUUUCCAUAAGGAUUCAUGAGCAGGCAACCGUGAGUCACGAUGCAGCACACGGUGAGGCUGCAUAAUGACAUUAGACAUGAUUCCAGAUUAAUGCUGUGUGCUGUGGUUAUUAGCCUGCCACACAAAUGCAAUGGGGAAAGGGAGAUGUAGCUCAGCACAGAGAUCCUAUAAUUCAAGUGUGUUCUCAAUGUAGGCCUAUUUCUAUAUAGAGCAGUCUCUUUUUCACGGUGGCCCAUAUACAGAGAUAUCAUGGGAUGCUACAGGAGCUGUUUUAACAUAUGUAGUUACCGAAAGCUUUGUUAGAUCUCUAAGGUGUUUGUGUCUCUCUCACCUUCUCUCUUUCUUUCUUCAGGGAGGAGAGUGAGAGUGUGCUGACACUCAAAGGACUGACCCCCACUGGGUCGCUGCCUCUAGGAGUGUUGUCAGGGGGCAAAGAGACCUUGCAUACCGGUACGUGUCUCUCUCCCCCUCCUCACCCCCUCAAACUCCCCUCUCCUCCCUCACCCUGCUGUCUCCAUCUUUCUCUCUCUCUUUGAUGCCCCCCUCACCACCCAUUCCCCAUGCCCUACCAUCACAGAGGUCCCUGGGGUGCCAUUAACACUGCCGUUCUCCCUGGACUAACAACACAGGCUUUCCCCAACCACACGGUAAACUGAAGGAUGUACGCUUCACUAAAUGUUUUUCAGUUUUUACAUUUCAUUAUCAAGAAAACAUCAUAGACCCUGCUCUUCUGCUUUCCGUUUUCCAUUAUACAGUUGAGAUGGAAACUAUCACUGCCACUGAAGCCUACAUAUGGGACGCAACCUUUGUCUGUCUGGGGCUCUGUGUCAAGCCAGCCGUCCCCUUUGGGUAGUAGCCUCGAAAACCCGACCCGAGGCAACACAGAGACUGGUUUCAAUGAUGGACUCUUUUGGCAUAGAGGAACUACGUCACCCUACUCUAUAUAUAGUGCAAUACUUUUGACCAUUGCCUAUAGGGCAAUUGUCUGUUACUGCGUCCCAAAAUAAACAGACAGUCAUUCUGGUAAAGGUCAUGUCAUGUGGUUUCUGUCCGAAAUGGCAUCCUAUUCGCAAUAGAGUGCACUACAUUUGACCAGAGCCCUAUAGGCAAUGGUCAGAAGUAUUGCACUAUAUAUAGAGUAGGGUGCCAUUUAGGGGACACACCCUGUGUCUGUCAGCCCCUCAAGUCAGAUGUGUGUUCUGGUUCAUUACAUCCCCUGUUUGUUGUUUCUCUUCACUGCUUCCUAACAGUGCUCUAGUGACAUUUAGGGGGAUGCUGUCCAGUUUUGACUGCAGUGCCAGUGCUCUUUAAAAACCUGCCAUGCCAAACUAAGAAGGGAAAUGCCUUACCCUAGCUAUUUCUAUUCCACUCCUUCUAAGAUGUUUUAUUAUCACAUACACCGGAUAGGUGCAUAGAAAAAUGCCUUGCUCAAGGGCACAUCGACCGUUAUAUAUAUAUUUUUAUAUGGUGAAUAUAAAAAUAUAUAUAUAUAACGGUCGAUGUGCCCUUGAGCAAGGUAUUUGGGUAUUAGAACCAGCGACUUUUCGGUUACUGGCCCAACACUCUAACCGCUAGGCUACCUGCCGCCUGUAUGACUAUAACAAAUGAAAGAUGGUCUUAUAGCUAGAUUCACCACCAGAGUUAUUCUGUGAGUGACACCAGUAACAAAGCACCUCAUUAAGAACAAGUCGAAUAGAAAGAUUAAAGCUGUCAUCAUCACAUGUGUGUUCCUUUGAAAACUGAGCCUAAGCAGACUUCAUUAUGACAAUGUUGUGAGACGUAGUGAGGUGCCUUUAUUGACUUCACAGGAAAUCAGUUCCCUUCUCCUCCCAGCAGACUUCAUCAUUCGAUUAUGUUCCCAUAACAAGAUCCAGAAUAACCCUAUAUAAGAAGCAUGUGUGUGUGUGCUCACUGCUCAGCAAAAUCCCCCUCAUCUCUCCGUCCACAUCUAAGCCCUAAUGACCCUUUAACACCAGCAAGCACCAUCUUAAGGUCUCCAGCAGGCCUCUCUCACUCUGGUUGUGUCCCAAAUAAUACUCUAUUCCUAGGGAAUUCCUAAGGGAAUAAAGUGCCAUUAGGGAUGCGGACGAUUUUAUCACACUGAAAACAGAUUGAGAACCUUCCAGAAGGACAACCAUCUCUCCAGCACUCCACCAAUCAGGCCUUUAUGGUAGAGUGGCCAGAUGGAAGCUACUCCUCAGUAAAAGGCACAUGACAGCCCGCUUGGAGUUUGCCAAAAGGCACCUAAAGACUCUCAGACCAUGAGAAACAAGAUUCUCUGGUCUGAUGAAACCAAGAUUGAACUAUUUGGCCUGAAUGCCAAGCAUCACAUCUUUAGGAAACCUGGCACCAUCCCUACGGUGAAGCAUGGUGGUGGCAGCAUCAUGCUGUGGGGAUGUGUUUCAACGGCAGGGACUGAGAGACUAGUCAGGAUCGAGGCAAAGAUGAACGGAGCAAAGUACAGAGAGAUCUUUGAUGAAAACCUGCUCCAGAGCGCUCAGGACCUCAGGCGAAGGUUCACCUACCAACAGGACCACGACCCAAAGCACACAGCCAAGACAAUGCAGUAGUGACUUUGGGACAUGUCUCUGAAUGUCCUUGAGUGGCCCAGCCAGAGUCCGGACUUGAACCUGAUCGAACAUCUCUGUAGAGACCUGAAAUUAGCUGUGCCGCAACGCUCCCCAUCCAAGCUGACAGAGCUUGAGAGGAUCUGCAGAGAAGAAUGGGAGAAACACCCGAAAUACAGGUGUGCCAAGCUUGUAGCGUCAUACCCAAGAAGACUCGAGGCUGUAAUCGCUUCCAAAGGUGCUUCAAUAAAGUACUGAGUGAAGGGUCUGAAUACUCAUGUAAAUGUGAUAUUUCAUUAAAUUAAAUUAACACUUUUUGCUUUGUCAUUAUGGGGUAUUAUGUGUAGAUGAUGAGGGGGGGAAACUAUUUAAUCCAUAUCUAUUGUAUAAUAAGGCUGUAAUGUAACAUAAUGUGGAAAAAGUCAAGGGGUUUGAAUACUUUCCGAAUGCACUGUAAGCACCCCCUAAUUCUAUAUUAUUAUCAUUAUAAUUAUUCCUGUCCUCUGUCUGUCAGGGCUGUUUUUCUCCUGCCUGCCUGUGUUUUCUCUGAUUGUGAUGAUGGUAAUGGGGGAUCUCUGACAAUGGGGGAUCUCAUCUAUGAUUGGUUGGUUGGAUGAUUCGGACUGUCUGUUCUGUGAUUGAUGAUCUCUGGUUCUCUGCAUUGAUGACUCGCUUUUCUCCUUCUCACCACUACUCACAUUUACAUAGCCGCCGCUGAGGCAGCGGAGGCAAAAGGUACGCAAGCGGUCCCUGGAUCCCUCCCUCAGUGUGUUGUUACUUUUAACCAUUCCAAUGAAAGGAGGGCCCCUCCUUUCAUUUUUUAUGCACUCCUGUUGUCUCUUUUUAAAUGUUCCUUUUGUUAUUGUUGUUGUACAUUCACUGUGUGUGUUUGAUUUGUGAAUUUUGUCAUGGAUUGGUGUACUUCACAAAAUUGCUGCUCUUGCAUUACCAGUGCCUGCUACUAGUGUACAUACAUGAUAGGACUCAAAUACCCAAGCAGUGGGCACUCCAUUUGGCAGGAAGGACUUUAGCUUAAACCUCAACAUGCACCGUAUAGUGACAUUAUUCCUUGGUCCUAGGGGAAUUACACAAUGUUGACCAUGAUAACAUAGGGGCAAAGCCUAAUCACAGUCUUCACAGAUAGGCUACAGAUAUAGAUACUGAUACUGUUGACAAACAGCUAUAGGCAGAGGUCAUAUGGGUGAGAGCCGAGAUAGCUAGGUUCAUUGCCACUGCUGCAUGCAGCUCGUCCCUGAGCAAAGCCAGCUAAGACUCUGCUAGCCUAGGGAGGACCUCCCUCCUCCUCCUGGCUAUCCAGGGAUAUUUUCAGAGUCUAAUCCUGUUACGCUGCUUGGCUGUUGCUACUCUGUCACUGUCUGCUUCUGUUGGCAUGUUACUGUUUUAGCACUUUGAUCGCAUGCACAUUUGGAGUAGUAAUAGGUAGUUUGGUUUCUGUCCUAAUAUGAUAUUUUGUUGAUAUCAGAGCAUGUUUUAUAGCAGGGGUGUCAAACUAAUUUUGGCCCGGGGCCCGUAUUCGAUCUUCAACGAGGUUCUGAGGGGCCACACUGAAAAUGUGUUAUUUCCUCGCUGUCCAAAUUUGCUAAAGAUAGUCAUCUAGCCAUGGAUUUUAGAAUUUCUGAUGCUCCCUGACUGUCUGACUUUCAUUUAGGUGAUUAUUAGCGAGCUGGACACGUUCAAGAAAAUUUAUGAAUGUAGGUCAAUUAUAAUUUCUACACAGUUUAGAUUAGUUAUUUUUUACUCAAACCACCUGCAGGCCGGAUUGGAGACACCCCUGUUUUAUAGCCACCUAUUAAAGCUGCAAUAUGUAACUUUUUGGGCAACCUGACCAAAUUCACAUAGAAAUCAGAGUUAUGGAUCUGUCAUUCUCAUUGAAAGCAAGUCUAAGAAGCGAUAGAUCUGUUCUAUGUGCGCUAUAUCUAGGCUUCCAGAUGAGUUUUUUGCGUGUUUUACUUUCGGUUUUAUAAAUCAGCUGAAAAUACUAUAUUUUUGGUUAUGGAAGAGAUAUUGCACAACAGUUUAGAUGGUACAAUGAUUAUCUACAAUAUACUUGCUUGUUUUGUCACAAACUGAAAUUAGGCAACUAUUAGAAUUUUUUGCAAUUUUAGAUUUCUGCAUAGUGCACCUUUAAGUACACCUAAUGUUUGCUUUGCAAUGAUACAUUUCUCAUUAACAAACCAACUAACUUUAUAUGUUAUUUAAAAUUGCAGAUCUGUUUUCUAUGAGUGCAGUUUCGUUGAUCACAUUAUCCUAUUAUCAACUGUAAAACGUCCAUAUUUUGCUCUUAUUCUAAAUGUUUGCGUUAUUGAUUUUUUAGUUGAAUAGUUACUUACAGUAUAUCUCACAUUUGCCCAUGUUUUCUUUGUGGUUUUUACUUGGCACUUGGAAUUUUACAGUAAGUCCCAUAUUCACUGUGAGGUGUUGUACUGUAGCUUGUUCAGUGGUAUUGCCAACAGUACUAGGACUUGCUGUGUUUCUGUGUAUUCACCGUACGUACAUCUGUUGUAUGACUGUACUGUUUGUUUAAGGACUGUCAGCUAUUACCUGCAUUUGUAAGCAUAAGAACCUGGAGUUUACUAAAGACACACUACCGUUCAAAAGUUUGGGGUCACUUAGAAAUGUCCUUGUUUUCGAAAGAAAAGCAUGUUUUUUGUCCAUUCAAAUAACAUCAAAUUGAUCAGAAAUACAGUGUAGACAUUGUUAAUGUUGUAAAUGGCUAUUGUAGCUGGAAACUGCUGAUUUUUAAUGGGAUAUCUACAUAGGCGUACAGAGGCCCAUUAUCAGCAACCAUCAGUCCUGUGUUCCAAUGGCGCGUUGUGUUUGCUAAUCCAAGUUUAUCAUUUUAAAAGGCUAAUUGAUCAUUAGAAAACCCUUUUGCAAUUAUGUUAGUACAGCUGAAAACUGUUGUGCUGAUUAAAGAAGCAAUACAACUGGCCUUCUUGAGACUAGUUGAGUAUCUGGAGCAUCAGCAAAUGUGGGUUUGAUUACAGGAUCAAAAUGGCCAGAAACAAAUAACUUUCUUCUGAAACUCGUCAGUCUAUUCUUGUUCUUAGAAAUGAAAGCUAUUCCAUGCAAACUGGCUCUAACCAGAAUAGAAAGAGGAGUGGGAGGUCCCGGUGCACAACUGAGCAAGAGGACAAAUAAAUUGGUGUCUAGUUUGAGAAACAGACGCCUCACAGGUCCUCAACUGGCAGCUUCAUUAAAUAGUACCCGCAAAACACCAGUCUCGACGUCAACAGUGAAGAGGCGACUCCGGGAUGCUGACCUAGGCAGAGUUGCAAAGGAAAAAGUCUGGUGUCUGUGUUCUUUUGCCCAUCUUAAUCUUUUAUUUUUAUUGGCCAGUCUGAGAAAUUGCUUUUUCUAUGCAACUCUGCCUAGAAGAUCAGCAUCCCGGAGUCGCCUCUUCACUGUUGAUGUUAAUUGCAAAAGGGUUUUCUAAUGAGCAAUUAGCCUUUUAAAAUGAUAAACUUGCAUUAGUAAACACAAUGUGCCAUUGGAACACAGGACUGAUGGUUGCUGAUAAUGGGCCUCUGUACGCCUAUGUAGAUAUUCCAUUAAAAAUCAGACGUUUCCAGCUACAAUAGCCAUUUACAACAUUAACGAUGUCUACACUGUAUUUCUGAUGAAUUUGGUGUUAUUUUAAUGGACAAAAAAAUUGCUUUUCUUUCGAAAACAAGGACAUUUCGAAGUGACCCCAAACUUUCGAAAGGUAGUGUACAAUUUGACACAAUAAAGGCAAAACAAAUGGGUUAAUUUUGCAGUUUUUACCUGAAGAUCCUUAUUGCAGAUCCUUAAAAGAGAUGGCUAACUGUUUUUCCCAAACAUUUUCAAGUUGAAGCAUUCAAAGCAUUGUUUCCUUUGAUUUCUAAUUGUCCAUCUCUUUUCUUCCUUCCAGCUAUUCAAGGCUUCUCUCCCACGAGGAAGAUCAAGGACUUUGCGGAGGCACAGAGCCUGGACAAAGUCAACGAGAGGAUGCCCCCACGCAAGGAUGGCCAGCAGCCGGUCAACCCAAACGCCCCCAAGAACGGCACAGGCUAGGCCUGGAGAUUGACCCCCCACCAGGCCAUGGCCCUGUCUCAUACACCAAAACGAUCUUUAUAUCUUCUUUCUCUCUCUCUCUAUCUAUCUCUCUAUCUCUAUCUCUAUCUUAUCUAUCUUAUCUAUCUUAUCUAUCUUAUCUAUCUAUCUCCCUCUCUGUCCUAUUGUGACUCUGCACCCUGCUGGCCUAUACAGUUGGACAAGCACAGGACAUGUAGGUAGGAAAGACACCACCGCACUGGGAGAAUGGUUUCAGCCACCACCGAGCACAACCAUGAAAAAAACUAAAACCUAUUUUAUUUAUUAAAUUAAUUAUAUUAGAUAUAUUAUGUAAUGCUACAAUUUUAAUGAAAGCAUACAUUUCUAAGAUGUUCAAAUAAGCAUA